UGUCUCUGCUCUCUCAGGAGUCAAAAUCUUCUCUUACGUUUGCAAGAGAGGAGGAAGAAACAGUCCUAAAAGAAUUCUUGCUUUUCUCUAGAGCAAGAAAAGGGAGAAAGAAAUGAAGAACAGUAACAGCAACACCAAGCUAAUCCUCCUCCAUCCCUAUAUCCAAAAACAAGGAAGCUCUAAUAGAUUAUGGCUCCUUGCCUUCGUUUCUUUCUUUACCAUUGCUUUCCUUCUCACACUUAUAUACACCAGAGAGUCAAUUUCCGGUAAAACCAUAGCCACAAGCACAACCGUGACAGGCCCCAGCUCCGCUGUCUCUGCCUUUGGCGGUGCACCGUUGCCAACAAAUGUCAUCAACACCCUUCUCCAUUAUGCUUCGAAAUCCAAUGACAGUUUCCACAUGACAUACUCCGAGCUCAAGCCAAUCUCUGACGUCCUGCGCAAAUGCUCCUCCCCUUGCAAUUUCCUUGUCUUUGGCCUAACACAAGAAACCCUUCUCUGGAAGGCAUUGAACCACAAUGGCCGCACAGUUUUCAUCGAUGAAAACCGCUACUACGCUGCUUAUUUCGAAGAGAUACACCCUGAAAUCGACGCCUUCGAUGUCCAAUACACGACCAAGAUAAGUGAAACGAGAGAGCUUAUAGCAUCUGCCAAGGAACAGAUUCGCAACGAAUGUAGGCCUGUCCAAAACCUGUUGUUCUCAGAAUGCAAGCUUGGGAUUAAUGAUUUGCCUAACCAUGUUUAUGAAGUUGAUUGGGAUGUGAUAUUGAUUGAUGGGCCAAGAGGAGAUGGACCCGACGGCCCUGGAAGGAUGCAGCCAAUCUUUACCUCCGGAGUGCUAGCAAGAAGCAAGAAAGGGGGCAAUCCCAAGACUCACAUAUUCGUUCAUGAUUAUUACAGAGAUGUGGAGCAGAUGUCUGGGGAUGAGUUUUUGUGCAGGGAAAACUUGGUGGAACACAAUGACACGCUUGCACAUUUCGUGGUGGAAAGAAUGGAAGAGAACAGCUUCCAGUAUUGUCGCAACAAGAAUAAUACAUCAACAAAAGCUUCAUCUUCCUAGUUAUUACUUAUCAAAGUUCAUAAAGAUCAUCAUAUACAGUUCCCAAGGGUCAAAAAAUGGUAUAAAGAGGUGAAUAUGGAUUAUUUAUCAUCAUUUCAAAUUUGUCUAGAUCGACCUUUUUCUUGGGGUGGGGUGUGUGCGUAAAAAUAAUUUUUUUCUUUUUGGCAAUGCAAAAUGUAAGUUCAUUAAGUUCAUUGAAUCAGAAGUUCCAGCGCUUCAAAUCCUCAUUAUUUUAAA